UGGAAUUUAACGACAUAUUAAACAUUGCACGUUUCUUGUGUUAAAUAAUAUUUAUAAGAAUUUUUGAAAUCAUAACGUUUCAUUUUUAAAAAAACAAUAAAAUGAGUACAAUAUUAGAAAAAAUUGCGGCUAUAGAAGCUGAGAUGGCCAGAACUCAAAAGAAUAAGGCAACAGCUGGUCAUUUAGGUUUACUUAAGGCAAGACUAGCUAAAUUACGAAGAGAAUUAAUUACACCAAAGGGGGGUGGUGGUGGUCCUGGAGAAGGGUUUGAUGUGGCUAAAACUGGAGAUGCUAGAAUAGGUUUUGUAGGAUUUCCUUCUGUGGGAAAGUCAACUUUGUUAAGUAAUUUAGCAGGUGUUUACUCUGAAGUAGCUUCAUAUGAGUUCACAACACUUACAACUGUCCCAGGCUGUAUAAAAUAUAAAGGUGCUAAAAUACAGUUGUUGGAUUUGCCUGGAAUUAUUGAAGGAGCAAAAGAUGGUAAAGGUAGAGGUCGUCAAGUAAUUGCAGUUGCAAGAACAUGUAGUCUUAUUUUUAUUGUUUUGGAUGUUUUAAAGCCCCUUCAGCAUAAAAGGCUAAUUGAACAUGAAUUAGAGGGCUUUGGGCUUAGAUUGAACAAACAGCCACCAAAUAUAUCAUUUCGGAAAAAAGACAAAGGAGGAAUAAAUUUGAAUUGUAUGGUUUCUCAAUCAGAAUUAGAUUUAGAUACAGUAAGAUCAAUUUUGUCGGAAUACAAAAUUCACAAUGCUGAUAUUACCUUAAAAUAUGAUGCAACCAGUGAUGACCUAAUUGAAAGGUAG